AAUCACCACCUACAUAUAUAUAUAUAUAUACCUAUACAUACACAUCUACCUCCUAGGUACCUAGUCAGUAGUCAUUCAAUCUUUCAUCUCACCUUAUUGGAAUAUCUCUCUGCCUAGACAGCUAUACAUACGCACCAUGUUCUAGCUUCCUAUCCCGCUCCGUCCAACCGACUCUGUCGUCUAUCUCUUCGUCGUCUACAGUCCCGGUAAUACUAUAUACGUGUGAUUCUUUCAAUAAACUCCACCGUCUCCCUUGCCUUUAAAAGUGUUUCUUCUUCCUGGACACUUUGAAUACCAUUUCGUGCCUCGCCUUAAUUAUAUAGACCAAUCUAUAUAGUGAAAAGCGAGCAUCUAAGUCCUACCUCUUUUCAUCCUGGAAUCCGUCGAUUUUGUUCACCCUUUAUAUAUUGUCUGAAUAUGGCAUCCGAGGCCAAUAAUGUGGAAGGUUCCGCUGCUGCAAGACUCCUUCAAAAACACGCCGAGAAUCCUCUCAAUGCUACUGUUGAAGACGUCCCCGACGAUGACUUGAAGUCAACCUUGGCUGCCGUUGGAGCCCCUGAAAAGCCUUCGUGGGGACAGACUAUGUCUGCCAAAGUAGCUGGGAAGCAGCCUACACAGGGACCCAGUUCUUCUCUUGAUACCGAAUCGCAUGAGGCUUUCCCUGAAUUGGGUAUCCCAAAAUUGGCAGCUGCGUCCAAGUCGAAUAUCUCCCCCAUCUGGGGCGGGGCGAAAGUAGGCGCCAAUGGCAAGGCAAACGGGGCGUCAUGGUCAACGAACGGUACCCCUUUGACUUCUACUCCGCCUUCGGGUGUCUCUACUCCAACUGGAGUCCCCCCUCCUGUGUCAAUACCUGGUCGCAAUGUUGAAACCGUCCUCCUCGAGUCACGCUAUAUUAUGCCCCGCACCCAACUCAAGCGUCCUAUCCCGGACAUCGUGAAGGAUAUUAAUCGCAAGUCUCGUGCUGUUAUUUCGAUGGUCCCGGCCCCCAGCGGUCACCUCAAAUUUGAGGCGACUGGGCCACAGGACAAGGCACAACAGGCUCUACGAGACUUAGUUCAGCAGAUUGGUGUCAAGACUUCCGUUCACGUCCCGAUCCCGCAAUCUGCUAGGGCGCAUAUAAUCGGCAAGCAAGGGUCAACCAUCAAGGCAAUCCAAGAAAAGUCCGGCGCAAGAAUUCAAUUGCCAAAAGUUGAUGAGGUUGCCGGGAACUUGGAAGAUGACGAGGAUGCGGUUAUCGAUGUGAUUGUUGAAGGGAACGCACUUUCGGCAGCUAUUGCCCGCGAUGCCAACCAGCUUGCUGCGGCCUUGGAAGCAGAGCAUGGGAUUCAAAUCCGCGUGCCACCUCACCAGCCAUGGUCCCCUUCAGUGCCACAGGUGCCAGCAGCAGGACAGAGGCCAACAUUCAUAGCCUCUUCCGACGACAAUUAUAUCCAGCUAGCAGGUGACCGCGCCGCAGUCCAAUCCGCGCGAGCUGCCAUAGAGCAUCAGGUGCAAGAACUCCAAAACCAACUACUACUAGACCAAGUGGAAAUUCGUCAAGGCACUCAUCAAUUUAUUAUCGGUGAUAGGGGCGUUCCCAUAGAAGAUUUCUUCGCUGAAACCAAUUGUGUUGUGGUAUUGCCCAGUACCCCAGGUAUUGAUACGGUCACAAUUAUUGGCCGAUCCAACGAUGUGAAUGCUGGUCUGGAAAAGGCGAUGGAUUUAGCCACGCAAAUCCACACGUCUGUUUUUGAUGUCGCACGACAUCACAGUCAUGCUUCGGGUGGUGCACCCACGUACUCACGAGACAUAGCACGUUACCUCCGUCAAAGGAAGGAAAUCGAGCGGCUGGAGACGCUUUACCAGAUUCAUAUCAACACGCCUUUCUCGGAGGGAAUAGUAAGUCCGUGGGAGCUCUAUGCAAGGGAGGGCAAGAAUGCGCUCAAAGCUCAGAAGGAAAUGAGCUCCAUCAUAAACAGUCAUCCUCCGUCUCGACUGGCCACAGUACCAGUCGAUCCGUUCUUUUACUCUUAUCUUAAGAGUGAUGUGCGACCCAAGAUUCAGAAUGACUUCGGGGUGAACUUGAUUGUUUCGGAUACGGCGGACAAUGACUAUCCCGUGCUGUUAGUUUACGAGGGUGCUGCUGAUUCUGCAGACACUUACCAAGUCCCCCAAAAAGUUCCCACCGCAUCCGAACUUAAGCAGUUCCAACAAAAGCUAUCUGAAGCCCGUAAGCAUAUCCUUGAGCUCAUCAACAAACAAGAGCAGGUUAGCACUGUAACUCUAGAAGUGCCUCUUAAAUACCAAGACAAACUCCGGAAGUAUAUCAAAAAGGAGCAGGAUGCGACGACUCGUGCCGCUGGCGAUAUUCCUGUUCGGGUUAGUGUUAAAGGCACCACGGUCACUAUGCGAGGGCCCGUUUCUAGCGUGGAGUCUCUCUCCGGGAAGGCGACAACUUUUGUUGAACAGGAAAAGGAAUACGAAAAGGAGCGUGGCUUCACACUGAAGUUUGACUUCCCACAGAAAUUUGCCAAUCACCUUAUUGGCAAAGGUGGUAGCAAUAUCAACCUUCUACGUGAGAAGUUUGAUGUGGAUAUUCAAUUUCAGAACGGGGAAGUCGAGCUGAAGGGUCCCAAGGUAAAAGCUGAGCAGGCAAGGUCUCACAUCACAUCCCUUGCCCGCCAGUGGGCGGACGAAAUCUCUCAUACGUUAAAAAUCGAGCCCAAGUAUCAUCGGGAGUUAAUUGGUGCCCAGGGCAGUUUGAUCCAUCGACUGCAGGAUCGGUAUGGGGUUCACAUCAACUUCCCUAAGACCACGAAGGCAGCAAAGGACGACGAGUCUGUUGCAGAUGCUGUGAGUGAGGCUGGAAAACCUCGACGGCAACAAGGCCCUGACGAGGUCACCAUUAGAGGCCCGAGGAGAGGCGCGGAUGAAGCCCGCGAUGAAAUCUUUUCCCUGUAUCAAUAUCUCAAAGACAACUCGUUCACUGCUUCUGUUGCAGUCCAACAGAAGCAGUUACCUUCGCUGAUUGGCUCAGGCGGUGCUGGCAUGGACGAACUUCGCCAAACAACAGGGGCGAAAAUUGACAUUCCCAACGAACGUAACGAAGCUCAAGAUGCGACAGUUGAGAUUCUGAUUAAAGGUACGAAGGCGCAAGUUGCAGCAGCCAAAAAGAUUAUUGAGGACAAGAGGGUUGUAUUCGACGAGACGGUCACGAAGACGAUUGAAGUGGACAGGAAGUGGCACAAGAAUUUGAUCGGUCCUGGCGGUUCAACUUUACGUGACAUUGUUAUCAAAGCUGGCGGCCCUGAAGACAGACGACUUCAGGCUCGAACUGUACAAUUUCCGAAGCAAGAUGCUGAUGGGAAUGCUAUUAGAAUUGAGGGACGACAGGAUAUCGUUGACAAGAUCAUUGCCAGCAUAAACUCCCUGGUAUCUGAGCGCGAAAGCCAGGUUACCGAGGCACUUGAUGUGCCUGUCGAAAAGCAUCGGUCACUCAUUGGACGGGGUGGCGAGGCAAAACGCCAGCUUGAGCUUCAGUUCAAUGUCUCCAUUGACAUACCACGGCAAGGAAGCGGCCUAACCAGUGUGAAACUGGUUGGCCAGCCCGCUAACAUAGAGAAGGUGAAGGAGCAUAUAUCAUCAAUGGUUAAAGAACAACAAGGUGAAACAAUCCAAGUCCCUCAAAAAUAUCAUCAUGCUAUCUCCGAAAACGGCCAAUUCUUCCGCAGGCUAAGGAAUGACUAUAAAAUCACGGUGGAUCACGCUGGCCAUGCUGUGCCUGCGAAGCCGAAGCCGUCGUCAACACGGACUAAUCCCGACACACUCCCCCUGAUUACGGAUGACGUUGAAUCAGUUGUGGAUGCUCACUCCUGGACGACCGUCGACACCACCUCCUCGGAGGAUGGGGAAAUUCCGUGGAUACUAAGGGGUAAUCCAGAUAACAUCGAGAAGGCGAAGAAGGCAAUCGCAACAGCGCUUGAACAGGCCCAGAAGAACAAUACCAUAGGCUAUCUUAUUCUGCCCGACCCGUCCACGUACCGUCACGUCAUCGGCCAGGGUGGCUCAAAAGUGAACUCGAUUCGUAAACAGAGUGGCUGUAAAAUAAGUGUCCCUCGUGACCAGACAAGGGAUGAGGCCAUCGAGAUCAUAGGCUCCAAAGAGGGCUGCGAGAAGGCCAAGGAGCUCAUCAUCCAAGCAGUGCGUGAGGGGCAAGUUGGAAGAAGAGAUUAGAAGUCUCAACGUGGUAUGGCGGCUUCAUCCAAGGCUUACGUCUGGGUUUGAUUGGCAAUUUGGGGGGUUUUAAAAGGAGCUUGGUGGUCUCAAUAUUUUUAACAGUAGACUGACCACCUACUUUAGACAGCUGUAAAUCAUUAAAUUACAUAGCAUCAGAUAAGCGCCCACCUAUACAUAAAUAAAGUUGCUCAGAUAAUACUCGGGAUAAACUAUUAUUAACGAAGGGUGACAAGUAUCAAAAGCUAGCUAAGCCGUAGCUAAAAGUGGCCUUGUGGGCAGCACAAUGAUAACUCGACCACUCACUGUCAACAGUAGCUCUUUUCUAUUCCCGAAAAGCUUUUCCCUCUCUUUUCAAAACAAAAGCGGACCUUCUCCCUUUUGAC